AUGAAGUACUCCCGAGUUCUUCUUGCGAAUUGCCCUUCAACAACAACUGAGCUUUUCAUUGCGUACUACAAAGGAGAAUACGAACCACGGACUCAACAAGUUGAAUCCCCAACCGAGCCUCAAGCGCAAAGCAACAAUCCUUUACAAAAUUUGGCCGCUUUCCUUCCAUUGCCUUUAUUGCAUGCUGGCAAUGCAAAUGUUGAAAGGGUUGAGGCCAAGCCAGCCUUGGAGGAGAGGGAACAACGCAUCCCAGAUUAUCGGGUUCCCAAGCCACGAACGGCGUUCUCCGCAUUUGUGGGCCAUCCACAAGAGUUUAUUACUUUCUUAGAGGCGCUUAUCAGCAAGGAGGGUUUCAAACAAGAAGACAAGGUGGAUCUCUACACUACAUUGUUCGAGAUGUAUUUGAAUGCAGCGGGGCGUCAGAAAGAUACUACUGAGAAGGAACAGUGGCAGAGUAAGGCGAAAAAGCUAAUUGAGGGAAAAGAUAUUCCGAUAUCGACGUCGAGCGUUUUGCUUCUUUCUGACCUUUCCGAAUUUCAGGAAGGCUCCACGCUUGUCCGUGAGCAAGCUGGCCUCCGUUCGGAUAUCUUUCGGUCCUUUACUGCCGCAAAGGACACGCAAGGCGCUAUUCGGGCGCUGAAAAAAUACGGACCCGAGGAGCCACAACUCUACGUAGAUGCCCUGACCUAUUUUGCAUCAAGUCCAAAGAUACUUGCGGAGGCUGGGGACGAACUUGAUGCUGUUUUGAAGCGAAUCUCCGAGGAUGGACUAAUGUCGCCACUUCAGGUGAUUCAAGCGCUCAGCAACAAUGCAGUUGUGACCAUGGGUAGGGUCAAAAAGUACCUGAGCGACAACAUCGAACGAGAACGCAAGGAGAUAUCUUCUAACCGCCGAUUAAUAUCGAGCUAUACCACUGAGACCGAGACCAAAAUGCAGGAGCUCGAACAACUUGGAACGAAACCUGUUGUGUUCCAGGCACGCCGUUGUAUAUCAUGCAACAGGCCACUUGAUCUUCCCACAGUUCAUUUCCUCUGCAAACAUUCCUUCCAUCAACGCUGUCUCAACAAGGUCGAUGAAGACGCUGAAUGUCCCGUCUGCGCUCCGGAACAUUCAACCAUCAAGGCUAUCCGAAGGAGACAGGUCGAGUCAGCAGACCAACAUGAUCUCUUCAAGGCAGAGCUUCAAAGGUCCAAGGAUCGGUUUGGUAUUGUCAGCGAGUUUUUUGGAAGAGGCGUCUUGCGGCCACAGAGCACUAUGGAGUAG